AGAAAUCGAUAGUAAAUAACAGUAAUUUAAUUAAAUAAUUCACGGAAUUUAUGGCCGGCGUAUAAAAUGUUUUGGAAAACACUUUAAAUGUUUCUGUCCACAAUAAAUUGUAUCCUCGUGUGACGAAAAGUGAGAUCAUUAUAUACGCUGUUGACACUGCUGAAAAAUGUGUUCAUUGUCUGCGCUGAAGUGUCCGCUUUGUGCGCAGACAAAUUUUCCCAAUAUCGACGCCUUACGUGUCAGUUUAAUUAAGGCUGCAAAUGGACCGUUGGCCUGUCCCAUUUGUCAUGAGCUGUUUUUGGGUUUGGACAAGCUUACCAUACAUCUAUUCAGUCAUACCACUGUCAUGAUGAGCGAAACGUCAGAAGAACCCGUUGUCACAGCGGACAUUAAACGAACAGAACAAGCAAUAAAAAAGGUCGAGAAUAAAUUUGAAGGAGAAGAGACAAGCAUUUCCACAGCAGCGGCAAUGAAACGUGUAAGCAAGGAAAAGAAAACUAAGAAGACACGACCGCCCGUCGAGGAUACAACGAAAACGAUGCAAGGCGUUAACGGAAAUAUUACGUUUAGUACGCAAACAGCCAAAAGUACGAGCAGUGUAGAUGCUAAUGCGCCGGUUGCUAAACUUUCUACUUGUGAUAUUUGUGAGUUCACAUUUCGUGACGAGGAACUUCGCGACAUGCAUUUUCGUUUGGUACAUCAGAAUAUAAGUAACAAUAGCGACGAACUUCAAGCGAAUGCCUCCUGCGUCACCGAACCCGAUUUUAAAUGUCACCUCUGUUCGAAGACCUUCAAAAUGAAGGGUUCCCUGCGCGUUCAUCUUAAAGUAGUCCAUCUUAUGUGUCUACCUUACACGGGCAACAGUCCCAAAUUGAGUAUCUGCGAUCGUAUACGUCAUAAGGAAACGAAGUUCGGAACCCUCUCCAACAAGAGUUCGACCAGUGUAGCGCAACCCAUGCCGUUGAAAGUCGAAAAUAACGGUGCACAUGUACUGCAGCCAACAGUAACGAAGCCAUUGUCCCAAAAUCAAAUAACAUUCGCGGCGAAUGCGUCACAAUCGACAGCGCAGGUGCCUAGCAGUUUUACAUUCGGCACAUUAACUUUGUUGCCGGCACCAACAGUCGCGGCGAACACCUCGGGUAACGUGUUAAAUUUAAAUAAUAACGGUGAAUUGCUACAUACUGUGGACGGCGCGCCAUUAAAUUCAAAUGUACUGCUAGUAAUCAAUACAAAUCCCGCCACGGCAUCGAGUUGCGAGAAGGCCUCAGCUAUUGCCGGUGGCACUAGCCUGUCGAAUGUGUUGAUGAAUAGUGGCAAGGAGCUAAUGGAGCAGCAGAGUAAAAACUCAACAGAGAACAACAAAUUGUGGAAGUGCAAUGAGUGCGCCAAAACCUUUACGACAAAAUAUUUUCUCAAAAAGCACAAACGUUUGCAUACGGGUGAGAUGCCGUACACUUGUGAGAUUUGUGCGCGAACCUUUACUUUCCAGCAGUCAUAUCACAAGCAUCUACUCUAUCAUAGUAAUGAAAAACCUCAUGUUUGCUCAACUUGUGGACGUGCCUUUAAGGAAUUGUCAACGCUGCACAAUCAUGAACGAAUACAUAGUGGUGAGAAGCCCUUCAAGUGUGAAGUGUGUGGUAAAUGUUUCCGCCAACGCGUUUCAUUUCUGGUACACACUCGCAUCCAUACCGGCAUCAUGCCAUACAAAUGUGAGGUGUGUCAAAAAAGUUUCCGUUAUAAGGUCUCACAACGAACACACAAAUGCCAGCCAACACAAUGCGCGCCAGAUGAUGCUGUGGAAGGUGCCACACUUGGCAAUGAAGCGGGGAAUAGCAUGGACAAGCAGACGCUCGAACACACUGCCGAUGAUAUAUCGGAGAAUUUCAUUAAAGAAUUUCUGGAGAAUACCCGCGUAAAUAUAGGCGAUGCACAGAACUCUCCAGCAAGCGCCGAAAUUGCCGCGAUCAACGCUGCUAGUGAUUGCAACGGCAAUGUCGAUGAGGCACUACUCACCAAAACUAUCGACGAUAUAAUUGUUGAGUCGUGUCAUAAAAUGGGCAUUGGUACUCAAGACCAACAUUUGUCUUCCAGACAUAUGCGUUCUUCUGUGGCUGCGCCAGUUCCCUGCAGUGAUGUUUGCAAUUCACCAACACAGAAAUUACAAAAUAUGCGCCUUUAUUCACCACAAUUAAUGACAGGCAUGCCCGAAGAUGUUAGUGAUAAUGUCGAUAAUAUAUUUCCACGAUUUUUACUAGACGAUGGGGGAAACAAUAUGCUUUGAAAACUUGCAAUAUGCUUGAGAAAAUCAUUAUGAUGCAAUUGUCAGCUUAGUAAAUGUUUUUGAUACAUAAAUUAUUAGUGUUCGAUUCGCCAAUUCUUUGCUAUGCUUUCUUGCCAGAAUUGUAUGUAAUUGUCUCGUAUUUCGUUUGUAUUUAUUUUGCUUGUUCGAUUCGCCGCUCUCUAAUGUUUGAAGAUUUGGAGACCAUUUUUUUGUAAUUAAAUAUAUUGUUGGCAUUAAGAAAAGUGCAGUGAUAAUUGUUUGAAUGUAUGUAUAAUUAUUAUUAUUAUUACCAUAAUACAAAUGUUUUUUUAUAAAAUUAUACGAGUUAUGGUUAGUUUUUCAAAAAAAUAUAAAUUUACUACAAAUUUCUCUUAGUUUCUAUAUUUGCAUUGGUAAAGGCGAGACAAAAAAUGAAAUUGCGUUCUUCUUA